AUGCUUGAAACACUACGAAAUCCGGAAAGUAGCGCAAGCGCAAAUCAUAGUAGCGCGAAGCUUUGCGACCGUCAGUAUACAUCAGUCAUUCGUAUCGCGAUAAUAGAGAGCCCAUCCCAUUAUUCUGAUGCUAACAACAAACCCGAGCUUCACAACCGAAAUUUUAAAAAUGAUCUUCAAGUCAGCAUGCAAUUAAACGUCUGGACCUUGAAGCCGAUCGGCACUUGGCCGAAGUCUUUAGGACACUCCUGGUUCGAGACACUGUGGUACAGAGUGUCGAAUAUAACCUGCAAUAGACUACUAGCCUUAAUUUUGAUCCCCUGCGGCAUGUACAUCGUCUUGGAGAUCAAGGACUUUUACAGCCAGCUAAAGCUCGGCAGUGCUUUAAGUUUCUUUAUGACGGCCGUGAUAAAGUACUGUGCCUUAAUUCUACGCGAGGACAACAUCCGCAGGUGCGUUGAGUACAUCGCGGGCGACUGGAAAAACGUGAAACAUACGGAGGACCGAAAAAUCAUGUUGAAGAAUGCGAAUUUUGGUCGUCGGCUGGUGGUUAUCUGCGGUAUCUUCAUGUACGGCGGCGUCCUAUUUUAUUACGUGGCGGUGCCGCUCACACGCGCCAAGAUCGUUGAAGAGGAUGGAAAUCUGACUUACCGCAGAUUGGUGUACCCGGUGCCUAAAGUGCUUGCUGACGCUCGUCGAAGUCCCAUUAACAAAAUCUUUUAUUUCAUCCAGCUAUUGUCUGGCUUCGUUGCCCAUAACAUCACGGUGGCAGCGUGCGGUUUGGCAGCUCUUCUCGCAAUGCACGCUUGCGGACAGUUGCAGGUGCUCAUGUCUUGGCUGAACUAUUUGGUCGACGGUCGAGAGGAUAUUAAUGACACUAUGGACGAGAAAUUGGCAAAUAUCAUUGAACUACAUGUACGCAUUUUAAACUUCAUUGCGCUAAUCGAGGAAUUGCUACACGAACUAUCCCUCAUAGAAGUUGUGGGAUGUACUCUGAACAUAUGUUUUCUUGGUUAUUAUUAUAUGACGGUCUAUAUUAAA